GUAAUGGAAGAGUUUAAUACAACAUAUUUAACUUUGGAUGGACACGUGGAGCUUCACAGGUUCAGGUACCUCUACUUCUCGGUGGUUCUCACAGUGUACGUCCUGAUUCUGUGCAGUAACUGCACUGUAGUUUACCUAAUCUGCAAACAGCCAGACCUCCAUGAGCCCAUGUACGUGUUCAUCGCUGCUCUGUUACUCAACUCUGUUCUUCUCAGUACCAACAUCUACCCAAAGCUGCUAAUGGACUUUCUGUCAGACACACAGGUCAUCUCUCACCAGGCCUGUCUGCUCCAGUUUUUCCUGUUUUAUGCCUUAGCUGGCUCAGAGUUCCUGCUGCUGGCAGCCAUGGCCUACGACAGAUACGUGUCCAUCUGCAAACCUCUGCACUAUCAAUCCAUCAUGAGGAGGACGACCGUCUGUGUGGUUCUGGCUGCAGCUUGGCUCCUGCCUGCCUGCCAUCUUGCAGCAUUAGCAAUAAUGAGCUCCAGGCAGAAGCUGUGCAGCUUCACUCUGAAUGUGAUUUUUUGUAACAACACAAUCUACAAACUGUUCUGUGCAGCUUCAACAGCAAUAAUAUUUUUUGGUGUCUUCUUUUUACUAAAUGUAGCAGUUCUCCCUGUGAUUUUCAUCAUCUUCACCUACACCAGGAUCCUUCUCAUUUGUUACCGCAGCAGUGCAGACGUGAGGAGGAAAGCUGCUCACACCUGUUUACCUCACCUACUGGUUCUCAGCAACUAUUUCUUCUUGUUAACAUAUGAUGUUAUUACCGUUCGACUGGAAUCAGAUUUUCCUAAAACUGCUCGUUUGAUCAUGACUUUGCAGUUGGUUCUGUAUAAUCCUCUGUUCAAUCCCUUAAUAUAUGGUUUAAAACUGAAGGGAAUCUCCAAACACCUGAAGACGUUGUUCUGUUUACGGAACCUGAGCUAA